CCAGCUGAAGCGAUGGCCUCCAGCGGCGGCGCCGUGGCGGCGAUGUUGAAGAACAACAUGCUCGUCGCCUGCGUGAUGCUCCUCGUGGUCCUGCUGAUGGCGACGCAGAUGGGGGCGGCGGUGGCCGGCGACGCCGGCGCGGGACGCCGUCGCCUGCUCGAUGCGUGCCAGUACAGAAACUGCAACUGCCGCACUUGCUACAUUUUCCACUGGGCCUGUUGCGGCUUGUGCUGCCCGCCGGCGUAGGGGACGGCGGCACACACGGCCCGCUGCAGUUUCUCACAUGCAGAGGUUUGAAUAAUGCACAUGUACGUGGUUACAGUACAUGUGGCUGCUCUUGUCUGUCCCAAUGCUAGUCGUGGUCUUUGAAAUUUGACAAAUUUAACCUGUGCAUGAAAUUAAAUCACAGAAUGAACUGUCCGUAAAACUAUUUCACGCGGCUGACUUUUUUAUGUGGCGCCCGACACGAAGGCGUCACACUACACUGUGCAACGUCUCACAGAUAGCCGCUACACGCCUGGCCAGCGUUGCACCCCAGAU